ACCUAGAUACUCUGCUGAGCAAUGAGCACAAGAGUGGCCGGCAAGAACUAGGCAAGCGCCAAGUUCAAUGUCAGUUCGUGAUGCCUGGGGUCUCAGCAUCGAGCAAGAGGAUGCACUCCUGUCGGUGCUGAGGGUGGCAGCAGAUGGCGAGUUGGCCCUAGAACAGGCACGCUGCCGUUUGUGUGAAGUGCGGGAGUUUGACCCCAACGACUUCUUCAGGAGUCUAUUCGGCAACUGGUCUUCCACACAGCAGGGAUGGGUCAGCGUGCACGAUGUCUAUGGCUGGCUCGGCCGGCAGCCUCACAGCGUUGCGGGAAUCCUUCUCGAGGAGGUGGCCGCUGUCCUGUCGCCCUACCUGAACACUCAUGGGGAAUUACGCUAUGACGGCUUCCUCCGGUUUGUGCUGCCCCACGACCCCUCCUACUCUUGGCUUAAGGAGGCUGCGUUGCUGCGGAGCGGCUGUCGAGCUGGACCAGGCAGCAGCAGCCUGUUGCCGAGCGAAGUGUGUCACAGGUUUUGCCGCAUAGUGGAGGGCGAGCGUGACCUACUGGCACGGCUGGGAGUGCAGAGACGGCGCCUGGCGGAGCUGCAGCCGCAGCGCCGGGCGCUGGUGGCCAUGCUGUCAGCUCCGGGAGGUCCCCGCCAUGCCCUGGUAGAUCGCUUAAAGGUGCUAGAUGAUCUUCACUGCGAAGCUUUGCUACGCCGUGUGGGUGGCGCAGGCGUUGCCGCAGAGGAUAUCGUUGACUUUGUGCUGCAACCACAUCCAGGAUGGAUCCGUGGAAGUCCAGAGAUGCGGGCAUUUCAGUCUGCCAGGUCAGAAGGCGCCAGGCCACCUCUUGACAGUCCACGGAGUUCCCCACGCAGUGCCAGGAGCGUGGGCCUGGCCAGCCAUGCGGCGGCAGCAGCCAGACAGGUGGCAGCAGAGGCCAACCGAGGGUCGCCGAGACAACACAGCCCAUGGCGCACAGGACCAGGUGGUGCUGGAGGUCCUGGUGCUCCUCUUGAGCCACCGUACUGGCAGUCGAGGGAGUGGCCCAGGGAGACGAAUGGCAGAAGCAGGAGCUAUGCUGGUAUUCAGGAUCAUGGCCGAAGGCCGGUCUCUGACUUGGUGUUGCCUGCCCAUCAGAUCUCGCCGCCACCGCCACCUUUGAUGGAGCCAGCGAGGCCGACCGGCCUGUAUCAGCCAUCGAAGGUGGUGGCUUCACCCCACAGUGUCAGGCCAACUUAUGAAGCAGCCCCUGUGGGCUUUGGGGGAAUGGUGUCAGCCUUCCCAUCUGCAGGUCCCCGGCCGCAAGAUCCUGGGGCGCCUGGGCCUGCCGAGAGGUCGUCUCCCGGUGCUCGGCCUGCUUCGCCGCGCCCGCAGUUGCUGCCGGUGCCAAGGGCAGCGUCGCCUGCACACCGGUCGUGGCUGGUGGAGGCUGGCUGCUGCGCGCAGUGCGGCAGGGUCUUUAUGCAGGACAGCGUGAACUGCAGUAGAUGUGGUGCGCGCCGUGAUGGGUCUCCAGUGCGGGAUGGCCGUGGGAGCCCGCGUGUUGGCCGGGGAAGCCCCUUGCGGGAGCUCCCAGAUCGCCCUUCUCCGCGGGCGCUGUCGCCACGGGCGUCGCCGCGCGCAAGCUCCCGGCUGGCGGCGCCGGAUGGCUUCUUUGAGGGACCUCUUUUGGCCUCCGUUGGCAGCGAGCAGCGAGUGCUGCGGAGUAUAUUGCAGGCAAUGGUGCGCCAAGCUGCGUGCGAUGCGGAGGCUGAGGAUGCCAAGGCCAUGAUUGGCCCGGGUGCUGGCGGCUGCGGGCUUCCUGGAUUCGUCCAAAUCUUGGAUCCUCUUCAAAAGGGCUAUGUUCUUGACACGGACUUGCUGGAACUGGGCAAGGAGCACGAUGCUGCAGUUUCCUUUGCCAGUCUUUGCUCGAUGAUUCAUGAAGCAGACCUGCGAAGAGGAGGCCGGCCUCUUGGCCAUCUCACGUUCCGCGACGUGGGGAAGCUGAUGUUCCCCAUUGACUCAAAGGAGUACAAAGCUAUGUGCGAUGCCUGCUCAGACGAUGAUGCCAAGUCUGUGCUUUACGUGCUGCAUUUCUCGGAGCCAUGCCCUCGAUGUGGUUUUCGAAUCCAGCGCGAUUCUGACUCUUCCGGCUGCCCCAAUGUGGUGUGCACGCACUGCCAAGCACCCUUCAGGUGCUAUGUGGUGGCCAGGCAGGACGCCGUUGCAGCUGGUGUAGCAGGGCCGCGCGCGCAUGCAGACCAGACUUUCCGAAAAGAGAUCGAACACAACAAAGUCUUUAUUUCCGCAAAUGGGCACAACGUUGAUAUCUUCCUUUCCUUUGACGAGCGCAAACCGCCUCGUUGGGAUGAGCGACGGGUCGAGUUUGAGCCUAGGGACUCCGGUCCUGCGCCUUCGGCGGCCGACCGCUACACGCUUUACCGGCUCGUGGCCGCAGCUGCGCGCACGGCGGAGAACCUGGAGCUGGACCGCAAGCGCCUGGCGGCGCAGCCGGGCUUCGACAACAGCUGCCUGCGGGAGGCCUUCAAUUACAUCUCCUCCGGCCGCCCGUCCUUUGACACGCUCGACCUACGGCAGGCAUUCAGAGACCAGCAGAUUCCGGUUUCGGAGAAGGAGACUGACCUCAUGUGGCAGCGCUACGCGCCCAACUUUGGCUCCGGGGUCUCCCUGGAGCAUUUCCAGCGACAACUGCGAUACGACCCCAUGUGGACACCGGAGAGCUGCACAGCAACAUCCAGGUUGUUGGCAGCAGUGGUGCAGACGUUGCUUCGCCAAGCUGCGGCGGAUGGAGCCGCCGAGGAUGCCAAGGCACUGCGGCCCAAGGGCUGUCCCCUGACGGCGCUCUUUGAGAGCCUGGAUCCCACGGGCAAGGGCUACUUGCUGGACACCGACUUCUGGCAGCUGCUGCAGGACUUUCGAGGCGCCACCCCCUUCGCUGCCCUGUGCACCAUGAUACAGGAAGUGCAGCUCCGACGCAGGGCUGCACCUGCAGUGCUCCCUGGGCGCCUGUCGUUGAGGGAGUUCGGGGUCUUGAUCUACCCGGUCGACUCCGAGGAGUAUGAGGCACUUCGCUCCUGCUCAUCCGAUGCGGAGGCCAAGUCGGAGCUCUACGUGCUGCAGCAUUCGGAGCCUUGCCCGAGCUGCGGCUGUCGCGUCCAACGCGACACAGACGCCAGUGGGUGCCCUGAGGUGCCAUGCCCCAGAUGCCGCACGGUCUUCCGCUGCACUCGUCAGGCAACGAGCGAUGACUUUGCGGUUCGCCUCUCAGUGCAGGCAAGACAGCAGCUGUACCGUAUCAUCUCGGCAGCUGCCCAUGCGUCGGAGGAGCUGGAGAAAGACAGGCUACGUCUUGCUCAAUUGCUGGGUCAUGACAUCACUGCGCUGAGUGAUGUCUUCACCUUCCUGGCGCAGGGUCGUCAGCGCUUCACCCUGCCAGACCUCAGGCGGGCUCUGGCACAUCUGCAGAGCCGUGCCUCCCAGCGAGACCUGAAUUUGAUGUGGCGGCGCUACGCAGCCCAAGGCGCUGCUACGGUGUCCUUCUCUGAUUUCCUGCGCCAGCUAAAGCCGCUGACGAAGGCCGGGCCCUUCUGACUUGGCACGUGAAGUACGGGGAUGCUACUCGACAUUGAGAGCCGGGUGAAGGACUUCGAUUCGAUGCUGACGCGCUGAAUCAUGACGGAGUCAACCUGCCGAUGGGUGACAAUCGAUGUGGGCAGCUUCACUUCGAGAAGUACUUGCUGAAAAGGCUUGUCCACGCAGCAAACUGCUUGCUUGCUGGCCUGCCAGUGAGCCCACUAGAUGCGGGCAUUUGUCUCACUCAUGCCAGGGGAUUGCAAGCCCGAAGGAG